CCGUCCUGCCUUGCAGACUAUACCAGCUGUCAAGCCAGAGUGAAGGAUCAGGCAGAGGUCUGGGAGUGGCGGAGCCAGCCUUGCAGUGGAGCUUGAGAUCGUGAGGUUUCUAUGCACACCUGAGGUUGGAGGUCACGGAGUCCAGUAAUAGAAUCCGAGGCACGGAACGUCAUGUGAGCUCCAAUGAAUCGGCUCAUGAAGGGGAAGCUCGCUGGCCCUCCCUGAGACAAGAAUGGCACCACCCUCUGGGUGCAGUCUCCUUGUGAUCGGUGCACUGGGCGUCUUUGCACUUGACUGCUUCGCGAGAGCUCAGAAGAACAGCACGCUAAUUUUCACGAAGGAAAACACCAUUCGGAAGUGCAGCUGCUCUGCAGACAUCCGGGACUGUGACUACAGUUUGGCCAACCUGAUGUGCAGCUGUAAAACCGUCCUGCCCUUUGCAGUCGAGCAAACCAGCUACAAUGACCAUCUGACCAUCUGGUUCACAGACACAUCUGCACUGGGACUCCUGUUGAACUUCACGCUGGUCCGGGACCUGAAGCUUUCUCUGUGCAGUACCAACAUUCUCCCCGCUGAGUACCUGGCUAUUUGUGGUCUGAGGAGGCUUCGCAUCAGCACCGAGGCCAAGCAUCCCUCCCCAGAGCAGAGUUUACUCAUCCACGAUGGUGGGGAGAGAGAAUCCAGAGAGAAGCCUGUGUUAUUACACCAAGGCUGGCAAACCUGUAUGUAUAUCUCCUUCUUAGAUAUGGCACUUUUCAACAGGGAGUCAUCCUUAAAAUCAUACAGUAUUGCAAACUCUGCCAGCAUGGCCAGCAACUUCCCCUACUUUUCCUACUUUAAAACCUUCCCAAUUCUAAGCAACAAAAGCUAUGUUGUCACAUUCAUUUACUAACAUUGUAGCUGUGUCCAACCUUUGGGACCUUUGGGACAUUAUGGAUCAUUUCAACAAGGACUCUGUGAACAAGGUCAAGGGUAUUCCUAUCCUCAACUUCACUUCACCCCCAGCCCCCACCUGCUGGCCCUCUCUGCUCUGCGCAUGCCCACCCAUGGUAAAACAAAAUAAAAAGAGCCAAAACGCCUACUUGAUUCAGUCCAGGAACGUGCCUUGAGGGCCAGCUAGAGGCUAGGUCCUUGCUACUGGGGGCAGGUGGAGAAAUGUCAGAUCAGAAAUGGAGAGACCAAUGCACCCCAGGAACUGCUUAGUGGAGCUCAGCAGAGGGGAUGACCCCCAAGAAAGGCGUCUUCCUUCAAAACAUUGCCUUAAUUUUUUUUUUUUUUUUUUUUGCUUCAUUUUGUUAGAUAGGUUGGAAUUCCCCUAAGUAGGGAAUGAUAGACUUCAGCCUUUUGAGACUGUGAACGCCACAAAAUGAUUAGAUUCUCUUAGACUGGUAUUUUCCAAAUGUCUUGUUAAGAAUAUUCACAUUGAGAAAGGGGAGUCUUGUGAGUGUGUUUCGUGAGGGAGGUCUGAAGCUUGGAGGAUAGGGUGGGACCUUAGGACCAAAUGAGGCCACUAGGGUCCUGAGGAAGGGAUACAGAAAGAAAAAUUGGAAGUCACAAAACCCAAGUGCAUUGGGUUUCUUCCUUAGGGCAAGGCCUAAACCCAGGGAAAGUUUUCCUCUUCUAGCCCUUCACGUCCUUCUCUUAUCUUGCCUCCUAUCUUCGGCCCCCUUAUGCCACUUCCCCAUUUAACUUCUCAUUGUCUCCAACCCCUCCUCCUCCUUCUCCUGUUCCAGAAAUCAGUACUUACAUUCAUACCAGUAGAACUAUGUUUGACUACAUUAGGGACUAGCGUGGGAAUGUAAUAGUCCCUUAUAACAUUACUCCCAUGGGUAAAUACGCCCAGAUUACUAACAGAAAAUUAACGAAAGAACUUUUAGCACUCGGUCCAUUUGGAAGUUUAAGACUGGAAAGUCAAGACACGUUGCAUGAUGGGGUUAACGCAAAAUGGUUUUACGUGCAUUGAUACAAGGAACUAACACAACAUAUUUCUUAGAAAAUUAAACUGACUUGGGGAUUCCCUGGUGGUCCAGGUUAGGAUGCCACAGUCUCACACCUGAGGGCCCGGGUUCAAUCCCUGGUUGGGGAAGUAGGAUCCUGCAAGCCAUGUGGCACAGC